AUGGCAUGGAAGGACGAGGCAUACGAGCUUGGCCACCAGUGGGCUAAGCUCUACGAGGCCGAUUCUCCCUCUCGCAAGUUGAUCUCCGACAUGAUGAACAAGUUCCUACUCGUCAACGUCGUUCACAACAACUUCAUGACCCCGGACGCCAUUUUUGAGCCUUUCUUCAGGGCUGGAGCCGAAUUCGCCGCUGCACCGUCUCACCCGACUGUUAACGGCACGACCAACGGGCAUGCCGCAAACUAA